AUGACUACACGCAAGCAUAACGAGUUCCUCGACCUCCCAAGCGAAGAUGAAGAGCAGAGCGACCGCGGCUAUGACUCCGAGGAGAACCUGACGAAAAGCAAAGCCCACAAUGUGAAGCGGCGCCGAACAGCAGACACCCAAGACCUGUUCGGUCUGCAAUCAGAUCAGUCCGACGAAGAAGACUCCGAAAAUGACGCACCAGAGGAGAAGGGAAAAGCGCGCAAACAAGUGAAGUCUCGCAUGGAAGCAGCUUCCGACGAGGAGGUGGAAGAGGAGGGCGCAGAGAACAGCGAAGAUGGAGAAGAAGAGGACGACUACCUCGACUUAACGGCCUCCAAAUCCUCGAAAUCCAAGAAGCCGCUCACCACAAAGCCCGUCAAACCGACCAAGAAGUCGAAAUCGAAGCCCGGUGUCAUCUACCUGAGCUCCUUGCCUCCAUACCUCAAGCCCUCUGCCCUACGGUCCUUCCUAGAGCAGCGUGGGUUUGAGCCUAUCACGAGGGUUUUCCUACAACCGACGGUCAAGGGUAAUGGCGCGUCGAAGCGCCAGUCCAAUAAGAGGAAGACAUAUUCUGAUGGAUGGGUGGAAUUCCAAAGCAAGGCUACUGCUAAACUUGCCGCCGAGACACUGAACUGUCAACUCGUUGGAGGAAAGAAGGGAUCGUGGUAUCAUGAUGAUAUUUGGAACAUGAAGUAUCUCCGCGGAUACAAAUGGUCGGACCUGAUGGAGCAAAUCCAGAGAGAGCGCGCAGAGAGGGAGUCGAGACAACGUGCUGAAGACUUGCGCGCCAAGAGGGAAGAGAAGGUCUUCAUGGCGGGUGUGGAGCGUGGACGAGUCGAGGAGGGUAUGGCCAAGAAGAACGACGCGAAGAGGAAGAGACAGACGGAAGCGGGUGACGCCACCACCGAAGUCACCGCUCCAGCGAAGGCCCCAGAGAACCCGAAGAAACCGCGGAGGACAUUCGUUCAAAGCGAUGUUGUUUCUGCGAAGAAGACGGAGACUAUUGGAGCUGAUGCGAAGAGGGUGUUGGGUAAGAUCUUCUGA